AUGAGAUUCUCAUUCUUUCGCGCCCCCGGGAGGCUCCCAACACCCUCUCGCGAAAGGCCAGCCCCCGUCGCUCGCCCCGCGGUUCGCGCACACUUCUCCCGUAGCGCUAGACGCUUUCACGAGAAGCUGGCCCGGGGUGCUGGUCUCGCGCACCCCUACAACAGGACCCUCCGCAGGCCAGGGUCCCUCAAGGCGCCGCAGUCCCUUCGAAAGGAUGAUGCCGGCCCAACCCCCACGAUUCCUCGUCGACGCGCGUUCAUGCCUGGAGGCAUGCAGAGUGUGGCCAACAUGUCUGCGUCCACCGUGAUUCCAGGGGGUCCAGUGGCCGAGCCCCCUACUGCACCACCCGCCACAAUGGCAGGACCGGCGUGGAUGCCAGGCGGCUUCCAGCCCGUUGCCGCCCCGAGCUUCAUGGAGGCCCAGGCCACUAUCGUGCUCCCUGGCUCAGAGUCGUUCUUCCGCAGGCCUUCAGAGCAAUACUCGUACGACAGCACCGACGACGACGACAAGAUUUUCCGCCGCCAGAUGGCGGUGAUGAUGAAGGCUCACUAUAUGAAGAAGGGUCUUAUGGAGCACCGCGACGAGGUGGAGCGGAUUGUGGCCGAAAGGAAGAGAGAAGCGGAGAUGGCGCGUAGGAGUACGACGAGGGAGGAACAUGCGAGAUUGGUGGCAGAGCGUCUGGCGAGGCUGGAAGCUGAGCGACUCGAAAUUGAGCGGUUGCGCAGGGAGGAGGCGCAGCGGGUGGAGAUGGAACGCCUUCACCAAGAGAGGCUGGCAAGAGAAGCAGCCGAGAGAGAGGCGCGGCGUCUGGAGGAAGAACGACACAGACUAGCUCGGCUGAGGGAGGCGCGUGCUGAGCAGGCGAAGCUGGCAGCGGCACAGGCAGAGCGAGAACGCGUCGAGAAAGCAGCUCAGGAUCCUCUGCAGCACGCGUUCUUCGUGUACGAGGGCAAGUGGAAGGAGCUGAAGGACGGCCUCAGCCCCAAUUUUCGGAAGCUACGCGCCACGGAAUUGCCUUGGCCCGUGUUUUUCAAUGUCGCUGAACCCGCCGAUAUCACUGAAGCACGCGUCGCUGAAUUCCUCCUCCACUCAGCUCGACCCGAAGCUCAAGGCAAGGCCCGUCGCCUAGUCCUCAAAAUGGAGGUCGUGCGCUGGCACCCAGAUCGUUUCGACACCAAGGUUCUACCCGUCAUGGCGAAGGACGAGAAGGAGAAGACCGCCGAAAUCGCAGGGCAUGUUACCCGCAUCUUGACGAAACUUAUGAACACCAACUAG